UUCCAGCCUUGCUGCCUCUCAAGUGCUAGCUACUCUCCCUCACACACUCAGCCGUGCCAUGGUGACCUUCACGGCGCGCCGGAGGGAGCCCGAGCUGGUGCGCCCGGCGCGGCCGACGCCCGUCGAAACCAAGGCCCUCUCCGAUCUCGACGACCAGUGGUCGCUGCGGUUCUACGAGUCCAUCGUCGGCUUCUUCCGCAGCCCGCCGGGCGAAAGCACCACGCCGGGCAAAGUGGCCAAGGGCAUCAAGGCGGCCGUGGCGGGGGCUCUCGUGUACUACUACCCCAUGGCCGGACGCCUGAGGAAGCUCCCCGACGGCAACAAGCUGGUGGUGGACUGCACGGGGGAAGGGGUGAUGUUUGUGGAGGCCACCGCGGACGUGCGGCUGGAGGACCUGGGCCAGCCGCUGGUGCCUCCGUACCCGUGUGUCGAGGAGUUCUUGGGCGACGCCGGCAACACGAGAGAUGUCAUUGGCAAGCCUCUGCUCUUCCUGCAGCUGUCUAGGGAAAAGGGAGAGAAAGUGAAAAGUUUGCUAGGAAAUUCAGACUAUGGGUCUUUUUCAUCGGGUAAAAGUUUCAAGAAAGUGACACAACUCAAAUGUGGAGGAUUUGUCAUUGGGCUUCACAUGUGUCAUUGCAUUGCUGAUGGUUUUGGCAUCCUCCAAUUUAUAAAAUUUAUAGCUGAUCUUGCAUGUGGUGAACUUAUCCCAACCACCUUGCCAGUGUGGAAAAGAGAUAUUUUCACAGCACGUAUCCCACCCUCCGUCUCACACGUCUACUCGGCUUAUAAACCAUUUCUUCUUGGGUUAGAUUGCAGAGGAAAUGAUGUGAUGCUAUCAACUCCACCAGAAACUAUGGAAGUGCAAUAUUUAUUCUUUGGACCAAAAGAGAUAGAGAUUUUAAAAAGCCAUGUCCCAGGACAUCUAUCCAAAUCUACAACAACAUUCGAAUUGAUUACUGCCGUCAUGUGGCGAUGUCGCACGUUGGCAUUGGGUUAUGAAUCUAAUCAGAAAGUACGUGUCAUGUUUACUUUAAAUGCACGUGGCAGAAGUAUUAAUGGGGAAAGUGUUGCCGUCCCACAUGGUUACUAUGGAAAUGCACAUCUCUCUCCCGUGGUUGAGGUCACAGUUGAUGAGUUGUCUACAAAGCCGUUGGCUCAUAUACUUGAGCUAAUGCGGAAAGUCAAGAUGGACACCACGAAGGCUUGUGUGAAGUCAAUGGUGGAUUUGAUGGCUUUAUGGAGAGAGUGGUCACCAUUCUGCAUGGACAGAACAUACGAGGUUAGUGAUACAAAGUGGGUUGGAGGCAAUACCCUACAGUUUGGGAAAGCUGAGUUGGUUGCAGCCGGUACGCCACAUGCAGGAGAUUUCACUUCAAAGUUGAUAAGCUAUCAUACAAAGUGCAAGAAUCAAGACGGUGAAGACUCAACAGUGGUAUCAAUCUUAUUGCCAAAAUUGGCAAUGGAGAAGUUUACAAAGGAGAUGGCAAUUUGGUUGAAGAAAUAAAAUGGAUAUGUAUAAAAUGUAAUUAGUCCAUUUUACUUUCUAAUUUUAUCAUGAUUUUGUAUUAAGGUUGAAAAACAUCGACCAAAGUAGGUCGUGUACUACCAUUAAACUACAUAGGAAACUAGACAUGAUACCACUUGUUGUAUCAAUGAUGUAUUGUCCUAAUGCUUAUA